CGCUCUUUAACUCUUUAACUGCUAGUUUCGUCCUCCCUUCCCCUCAUUUGUCCGACCGCUAUAUAAUACUCCCUUCGGCUCCUCCUCUAUCCUCCUCCUCUCCCGUCUUCGAGUGAGCGACUGGGAUUGAUGACUUAACGACCAUCUCUUUCGAUCUUAUGAGGCGCCUUCUUCCGUCGCUGAGCCGUUCACCAUAGCUCCACCACAUCCACCACCACACACGCAUAUGAAUCCGACAUAAGGAGCAGCUUGUGCCGGCGUCUAGUUUCAGGCCGGCCUUACGGCCUGGCAGUACAUUAAUCUUCACAACGCACCAUGUCCUCCGAGCCCCCCCGAGGAAUCAUGGAGCGGAACGCGGAGCGUAAUAUUGAUAUCUACAGCACCAAGCUGGGUGACGACAAGAUUGAUAUUAAAAUCAGAGCGAAUGUCGCCGUCGAACUACGAGACAACAUCGAACCACUAUGCUCUGGCGCCAGCUACCCAAUCUUCUUGUCGAAACUAUGGCCGGUGUUCAAGCACAUUCUCAAGGGCGAGCCCGUCUUCACGAACUUGUCCUUCGAGCAGAAACUACGGAAUUGUAUCCUUGAGACGUUACAUCGUUUGCCAAUGGCAUCUCCAGACGUGGAGCCCUAUGCCGCCGACAUGGUCGACCUGUUGAUGGAGCUGGUACGCAUCGAAAAUGAGGAGAACGCCGUUCUGUGCAUGAAGACGAUAAUGGACCUGGAGCGCAACCAGGCCAAGGCUACAGCCGCACGCGUCCAGCCUUUCCUUGCGCUCAUCCAGGAGAUGUUCCAGAUGAUGGAGCAAGUCGUGCGGGACACUUUCGACACACCCAGUCAAGCCACCCCUUCCGGCAUGCCUUCAACACCCAGUGCGUCGGCCCAGACCUUUCAGUCGCCCAGACCCAGCUCGCCUGCUACCUCGGUUUCGGAUCUCGGACCAGACCACCAACCCAACAAUGUCUUGCUCAAGGGCAUGCAGUCGUUCAAGGUCCUCGCAGAAUGUCCAAUCAUUGUCGUGUCCAUCUUCCAGACUCAUCGGAACUCCGUUGCGGCCAACGUCAAGCUUUUCGUCCCGUUGAUCAAGAGUAUUCUUCUGUUGCAGGCCAAGCCGCAGGAGAAGGCACACACGGACGCCGCAGCUCAAGGGACCAUCUUCACCGGUGUAUGCAAGGAAAUCAAGAACAGGGCUGCGUUUGGUGAAUUCAUCACGGCGCAGGUGAAGACCAUGAGCUUCUUGGCCUAUCUCCUUCGAAUGUAUGCGCAACAGCUGCAGGACUUCCUUCCCACUCUCCCCUCGGUCGUGGUGCGCCUUCUUCAAGAUUGCCCUAGGGAGAAAUCUAGCGCCAGGAAGGAACUACUGGUUGCAAUUCGCCAUAUAAUCAACUUUAAUUACCGGAAGAUUUUCCUGGAGAAGAUUGACGAGCUUCUGGAUGAGCGGACCCUGAUCGGAGAUGGCCUUACUGUUUACGAAUCCAUGAGGCCCUUGGCUUACAGCAUGCUUGCGGAUCUAAUUCACCAUGUGCGGGACCACUUGACGCGGGACCAGAUUAGGCGGACUCUCGAAGUAUACACCAAGAAUCUUCACGAUGACUUGCCUGGAACGAGCUUCCAGACCAUGAGCGCCAAGUUGCUCUUGAACAUGGCGGAGAGAAUCUCCAGGCUUGAGGACAAACGGGAGGGUCGGUACUUCCUGAUCAUGAUUCUGGAUGCGAUCGGCGAUAAGUUCGCAUCGAUGAAUUAUCAAUUUGACAAUGCUGUGAAGGUCUCCACGGCGUACAAGACCACCAGGAAGGAUCUGGAGCCCUCUUCGGAGAGGUAUCUUGCUGAAAAAGAGUACCCCCCUGAUUGGGAUGAGAUCGACAUCUUCUCUGCCUCUCCUAUCAAGACCUCCAACCCUCGCGAUCGUGGUGGGGAUCCGGUUUCGGACAACAUCUUCCUCUUCAAGAACCUGAUCAAUGGGUUGAAGAACAUCUUCCACCAGCUCAAGAACUGCAACCCUGAUAAUAUCGAGAUUGAUCCGAGCAGUGUUCCCAUCAAUUGGUCCGAAGUCUCAUAUGGGUAUAAUGCCGAGGAAGUGCGGGUCAUCAAGAAGCUGUUCCACGAGGGGGCACGCGUAUUCAAGUACUACGGCGUGGACCAGCCCCCUCCGGAAGUGAGCCACUCUACUCCAUUUGACUUCCUUGCUGGCCAAUAUACAGCUCCCAUGUCACGCGAGGAGAAGGAGCUCCUGGAGAGCUUCGGAACCAUCUUCCAUUGCAUUGACACCGCCACCUUCCACGAAGUCUUCCAUUCCGAGAUCCCGUACCUUCACGAGCUUAUGUUUGAACAUGGCUCCCUUCUUCAUCUGCCGCAAUUCUUCCUGGCUAGCGAAGCAACCUCUCCUGCAUUUUCUGGCAUGGUGCUGCAGUAUCUCAUGGACCGGAUCCAUGAAGUGGGAACAUCCGACAUGACAAAAGCGAAGAUCCUGCUGAGGAUGUUCAAGCUUUCUUUCAUGGCUGUGACUUUGUUUUCUGUUCAGAAUGAGCAGGUACUGCACCCGCAUGUGACCAAGAUCGUCACCAAAUGUAUCGAGCUUUCGGUUACUGCGGAGGAACCCAUGAACUACUUCCUUCUGCUGCGGUCGCUCUUCCGCAGUAUUGGUGGUGGUCGGUUCGAGCUCCUAUACAAGGAAAUCCUGCCAUUACUAGAGAUGCUGCUGGAGACAUUCAACAACCUCCUGCUCGCUGCCCGGAAACCACAAGAGCGCGACCUCUAUGUUGAACUUACGCUCACCGUCCCCGCUCGACUGAGCCACCUGCUUCCACAUCUCAGCUACCUCAUGCGUCCUAUAGUGGUAGCACUGCGCGCAGACUCGGAUCUUGUGGGACAGGGUCUUAGGACACUCGAACUUUGCGUGGAUAACCUCACAGCUGACUAUCUGGAUCCGAUCAUGGCUCCUAUCAUGGACGAGUUGAUGACGGCUCUAUGGGACCAUCUGCGACCCCAUCCCUACAAUCAUUUCCACGCACAUACAACGAUGCGGAUCUUGGGAAAGCUUGGUGGUCGCAACCGAAAGUUUCUCAACCAUCCUCCUGAACUGUCCUUUGAGCAAUACACUGAUGAUGCUCCAAGCUUCGACAUCAAACUCAUAGGGCCCAGCGAGAAACGGCCUUUCCCCAUCGAUAUUGGACUCGACUUGGCGAUCGGAAAGUUGAUGGAGGUGCCCAAAUCUCCCACGGCAAUUGCGUCCGAUACUUAUUACAAGCAGCAAGCGUUUCGUAUGCUUUCGUCCCAGCUCAAGCUCUACAUUGGGCAUGAGAACCUUCCGGAGGAUCUGGCAUCCCUGAUUCGUCUACAUGCGAACGAUCUCUUCGAGAACAACACCACAGCUAUGCCUGAUAUCUUGGAGAAGUCCGACUGGUCCAGUUCUAUCUCGAAGAAGUUGGGCCAGGAAGGUUCGCUGAAGAAACUCCUGAAAGCUUGUAUCUUCGCCACUACCAUACCAGACCUUGAGCAGACAGCGACUGCUUUCGUGGCGGAUGUCUGCAAACAUUUUGCGAUUGUGGAAGUAGGACGGGCUCUUGCUCAGGCAAGGCACUCUCGCAGGUUCGAUGUCUUCAAUGGGGAAGGCCCUAUCUACCUUGACUCCCGGGUCCUGGCCGAAGCUGUGGUGGAAUCUUUGUCUUCAUAUAACGCUGGUGUCCGUGAGGGUGCUCAGACAGCCAUGCAGGUCGUGAAGGAUGCGGCCAGUGUCAUAUUCGGAUCGCCUGAACGAGCGGCCAAGUUGCCGUUCUUCCAACAUCUAGGCCGUGUGUUUUGUCAUAGCUGCCACAGCGAGGAGUGGUUUACUAAAGCCGGAGGUAGUCUUGGUAUCCACAUCUUUGCGACCAAGCUGGAUCUGGGCGAUUCAUGGCUUCUUGACAAGCAGACGGAAUUCGUGAGAGCAUUGAUGCACGUCAUCAAGGAUACGCCGUCUGACUUGCCGGCCAGUACGCGGAUAAGGGCGCAGGAGACUCUAGACGUGAUUCUUCGGCGAUGUUGCAAGACCCUUCCUCUGACUGAUCUGAAGAACGAGAAAAGCCGCUUGUACUCUCUGUGUGGCCACUUUGUCUAUGAGUUGUCCCACAUGAACAAGCAGGCCCGGGAGGCGUCUCGUCGAAGCUUCUCCACAAUUGCGGAAGUGCUGGGUUGCCAGGUGCACGAACUUGUUCUGCCUGUCAAGGAUCGCCUCUUGCAGUCUAUUUUCAACAAGCCCCUGCGAGCACUGCCCUUCCCUACGCAGAUUGGUUUCAUCGAUGCCAUCACUUACUGUUUGAGCCUUCACAACAAUAUUGUGACUUUCAAUGACCCGCUCAACCGGUUGAUGCUAGAGUCUCUUGCCCUGGCCGAUGCUGAUGAUGAGUCGCUCGCCCCCAAGCCCAACGAGUUCAAGAACGCAGAGAUGAUUGUCAACUUGCGUGUUGCCUGCCUCCGCCUCCUGUCAAUGGCGAUGAGCUUCCAGGAAUUCGGCAACGCUCCGCAGAAUACCAGUCGUGCACGUAUUAUCUCGGUAUUCUUCAAGUCGCUCUACUCCAGGUCAUCUGAUGUUAUUGAAGCGGCAAAUGCGGGUCUCCGAGAUGUCCUCACGCAGACUAACAAGUUGCCGAAAGAUCUGCUCCAGAACGGUCUUCGCCCAAUCCUGAUGAACUUGCAAGAUCCCAAACGGUUGAGUGUCGCGGGGCUUGAUGGGCUUGCGCGGUUGUUGACAUUGCUUACAAACUACUUCAAGGUGGAGAUCGGAGCACGGCUCCUGGACCACAUGAAAGUAAUUGCAGAUGACAGCACACUACAGAAGGUGUCCUUCAGUCUUGUGGAGCAAAGUCCACCCAUGAAGAUUGUGGCAGCCAUUUUUAAUAUCUUCCAUCUUUUGCCGCCGGCUGCCACGUCUUUCAUGGAGCAUCUGGUGAACAAGGUGUUGGACCUCGAAGACAAGCUCCGCAGGACCUCGAAUAGCCCUUUCAGGAAGCCUCUGGUCAAGUAUCUCAAUCGGUACCCCAAAGACAGCUUGGCAUUCUUCCAGUCUCGGUUCAAGGAUGAGCGUUUUGGCCGGUUCUUCGGCCAGGUUCUGGCUGAUCCUGAAAGCGAGGCGCUCCGUUCUGCGGUUGUUGCUGAUACUGACAGUUUCACCGCUGCGGCAUUUGGACAAGAGUCCGCCGAUGGCAAGAACACUGCUGCUAUCAACGGUAUCUAUAUUGUGCACUCCAUCUGCGCGUAUGAACCAACCAAGCGCUGGCUGGUUUCACAUGCGGAGUUGAGAGCCAAGCUCUUGAAUUCGGGCCGCGAUCUUGAGAAGAAGCUGCGUCACGACAGACUGCCAGCCAACGAGCGGUUGAGGGUUGAGCAAGCGGAAGAUCAAUUGAUGGAAAUUUUCACAACCUAUCUCACCGAGUCGGUACAAGAUCUUGAUUUCCUGUUCGAGGUUAUCGAUGGCCUGUCUUCGGAUGAAUUGAAGCGUACGCUCGCGUUCCCGAAAUUCAUUUUCCGCCAUAUCAUCACGAACGAUUCUAUCGAUUACCGCCGCUCCGUGAUAAUGCGCUGCCUUGAUCUGUACAGUCAGCGAUCCUGCUCCCAGAAGAUGAAGACAUACGCUUUCCGUCACUUGGUCAAUCCUAUAUUUGCUAUGGAUGUUCAGGCAACGUGGAAUAGUCCGCCUAAUACCCCCAAGCUGAUGGAUAGGAGCAUGACUGAGUUUAUCCAGAGUCGCUUGUGGAAGCCUCAAUUGGCUGAUCUUAGUGAAGAAUCCAACCAGGCUGGUGUUGAUCAUUCACGUAUGGAGCUUCUUCAGCUCUCUGCGUUGUUGAUCAAAUAUCAUCAUCAGACCGUGCAGGACUCGCGGAAGGACAUCAUCAAGUUUGCCUGGAACUAUAUCCGCCUUGAGGAUAUCAUCAACAAGUACGGCGCCUAUGUGCUUAUAAGUUACUUCAUUGCCCAUUACGAGACGCCCUUUAAGAUUGUGGUGCAAGUGUAUGUGGCUUUGCUGCGAGCCCACCAGACCGAAGGGAAGGCGCUCGUGACCCAGGCUCUCGAUGUUCUAGCGCCGGUUUUGCCCACCAGGACUCACAUGGCAAACAACAAUACAUCAUUGCAAGAUGCAAGGUAUCCACUUUGGGCGAAGUGGCCCCGACGCAUUCUCGCCGAAGAAACCGCGAAUCUGCAACAAGUCAUGUGUAUUUUCCAGUUUCUGGUGCGGCAACCAGACCUUUUCUACGACUCCAGGGAGCAUUUUGUUCCUCUGAUUGUUCCUUCUUUGAUCAAGAUCGCUUCUCCUCUCAGUGCGUCCAAUGACAGCAAGAAGCUAGCACUGAAUCUCAUUAGCCUCAUUUGGCACUGGGAAGAAAAGCGCGUGAAAGGUGGCCGUCCUGCUGUGCCAAAUGGCGUUCUCGACUCUCCGAAUGCGAAAAAGCGGAAAUUGGAGGAGGCUCAAGCCACUGCUUCUCCCUCACCUGCAACUGGGUCUGGUCGCGAUUAUUUGGUCCCCUCGGAUCUCCGAGCUUCGUUGACCAAGUACCUGAUCUCAUUCAUCACCACCAUUCCUGAGAGGUUCCCAGUUCCAGCUGCUCGCUUCCGUGACCUCCCCUCGUCAAAGACGCAGCAACCUGUGCCCACGGGCGACAUGGUGAAGAAGGCCGUGUAUUUGCUGAGGAACCUUUUGUCUCCAGAGUACUGGGGAGAUUUGGAUAUCGAACUGUAUCAAAAGGUCACGGAACCGAUCCUCGCGGGCGAGAAGGCGGACAAGCCGGACGAAAAGCAUGUGACAAGCAUGAUCAAUGCCUUGCAAGUUGUACGGGUCCUUCUUAAUUCCAAGUCGGAUGACUGGAUCGUCCCGCGUACGACAAUCAUCCAGAGGCUCUUCGAGAAGCCCUUGCGCUCGGACAACCCAGAGAUCCAGGACUGUCUGCACGGUAUUGAGGAUGACAUGGAUAUUUCUCCUAAGCCUUUGCCCCCUGUCCGACGUGUCCUCGAUGCUCUCCCUGAUGAUCAGCCGGAGGAAGAAGAUGCCAUGGACGUUGAGAACUCGCCAUCUGAAUUUGUUACGUACUUGUCGGCCAUUGCAACGGAAACACUGUCAGCCAACAACUACGUUUCCAGCCUGAACAUCCUAUGGACUCUUUCCAAAAGCCGACCGGCUGAGAUGGAUGCCCAUGUUCCCCAGGUCAUGAAGGCGUUCUCCCAAAAGCUAGCCAAGGAGCAUGUUGCAGCUUCCACCGCCAACCAAGGACAGUAUACUCCGGGGACUAAACCUCCAGAGGGAGUCCCAGACCAACAAGAAUUCGAGAUUGGAGUAGAUCUGAUCUACAAGACAGUUGAGCUGAUCUCGGUGCGCAUGUCUCAUCUAGGGGAACAGAGGCGUCCUUUCCUGAGUGUCUUGGCGCAGAUCGUCGAACGCUCCCAAACCAUCAAGCUUUGCACUCAGGUGUUGAACAUGGUUGAGGCCUGGAUCUUCCGCUCGACAGAAUCAUGGCCAACACUGAAGGAGAAAACUGCUGUCUUGCACAAGAUGCUACUCUUCGAAUCUCGACCGGAUCAGACCAUGUUGAAAAAGUUCCUCGACCUAGUUAUCAGGAUCUACGAGGAUUCCAAGAUCACUCGGACCGAGCUUACGGUUAGACUGGAGCACGCUUUCUUGAUCGGUACAAGAGCGCAAGAUGUUGAGAUGCGGAACCGCUUCAUGACUAUCUUUGACCGCAGCUUGACCCGUUUGGCCAGCUCCCGUCUGAGCUACGUGCUGACAUGCCAGAACUGGGACACCCUUGCCGACUCCUUCUGGCUGGCACAAGCGUCUCACCUCAUCAUGGGCUGUAUUGAUAUGGGAUCAUCCGCGAAGCUGCACCCUGAAGAUUUUACGGUUUACCCAAUGUCUUUCCUCUUCGGCAAUGCCGAGAAAGAUCCGAGGAAGGCCGAUGUUGUAGUAGAUGCCCAGCUGGAAGCCUUUGUAUCGGACCGCAAACGCUUCGUCGCUGACAUUGGUGAUGUGAAGGCCCGUGAUCUGAUUGAGCCCCUGUGCCAACUUCAACACACUGACCCUAACGUGUCAUACAAGCUCUGGACGACGCUGUUUAGAAUUUUCUGGUCUACGCUCACCAGGGAGGAUCGCAUCGAUCUGGAAAAGGGAAUGGUCACCCUCAUCACGCGCGAAUAUCACCAGAGACAACUGGACAAGAGACCGAAUGUCGUACAGGCUCUGCUGGAAGGUGUGGUGCGAGCUAAGCCACGCUUUAAGAUUCCUCCGCAUGUGAUGAAAUACCUUAGCCGGACCUACGACGCUUGGUACACUGCUGCCACGUACCUGGAAGAAACGGCUAUCAGUCCUCUCAUUGAUACCCCGACUGUCCGCGAGAGCAACCUCGAUGCCCUUGUGGAAGUAUACGCAGGGUUGCAGGAAGACGAUUUCUUCUAUGGUACCUGGCGACGUCGCUGUAAGUUUGUGGAGACCAACGCGGCUCUUUCCUACGAGCAGCAGGGUAUGUGGGACAAGGCGCAGCAGCUCUAUGAAAAUGCCCAGAUCAAGGCUCGGUCGGGAGCAAUGCCGUUCUCCCAAGGCGAGUAUUAUCUGUGGGAGGACCAUUGGUUGAUCUGCGCACAGAAGCUGCAACAGUGGGAAAUUCUCAGUGACUUUGCCAAGCAUGAGAACCUGAACGAUCUUCUCUUGGAGUCGGCUUGGAGGAACAUUGAGAACUGGCAGAGUGAGACUAGCAGAGAACAGCUGGAAUCUCUCAUCAAGUCGGUUUCGGACGCUCCGACGCCAAGACGUACCUUCUUCCAGGCUUUCAUGGCAUUGCUUCAGUUCCAUUCCAAGAAGGAAAACAUUCAGGAGUUCAACGGUGUUUGCGACGAGUCUAUCCAACUGUCCAUUCGGAAAUGGCUUCAACUGCCGAAGAAGAUAACGAACGCCCAUAUUCCGAUUUUGCAGCAUUUCCAGCUCCUGGUUGAGCUUCAUGAUGCAAGCCAUAUUUGCGCCAGUCUUUCGCAGACCAAUGAUCGUAACCUUGACACCAAGUCUGCCGAGCUGAAGCUGUUGUUGGGCACCUGGAGAGAUCGGUUACCCAACCUCUGGGACGAUAUCAAUGCCUGGCAGGACCUUGUUACAUGGCGGCAGCACAUCUUCCAACUCAUCAAUGCGACGUAUCUCAGUCUGUUGCCCCCGCAGACUAACAACGUGGCGAGCAACUCGUAUGCCUACCGUGGAUAUCACGAGACAGCAUGGAUUAUCAACCGCUUCGCCCAUGUUGCGCGCAAGCAUCAAAUGCCCGAAGUGUGCAUAAAUCAGCUCAGCCGUAUCUACACCCUCCCGAACAUCGAGAUUCAGGAGGCCUUCUUGAAGCUGCGCGAACAAGCCAAGUGUCACUACCAGAACCCUAAGGAACUCAACAGUGGACUGGACGUGAUCAACAACACCAAUCUCAACUACUUUGGUGCGCAGCAGAAGGCGGAGUUCUACACGCUCAAGGGUAUGUUCCUCGCCAAGUUGAACCAUGUCAAUGAGGCAAACGAGGCGUUUGGUGUGGCUCUCUAUUACGAGUUGAGGCUCGCGAAAGCGUGGUCGGAAUGGGGACAGUACAGCGACCAACGGUUCAAGGCGGACUCGUCGGACUAUGAGCUCGCGAGCAACGCGGUCAGCUGUUACCUGGAGGCCGCGGGUCUGUACAAGAAUGCGAAGUCAAGAAAGCUCCUCAGUCGUAUUCUUUGGCUUCUGAGCCUGGACAACGAAGAAGGCCAGAUUGCGCGUGCCUUUGAGAGUUUCAAGGGAGACACUCCUGUGUGGUAUUGGAUUACGUUCAUACCCCAGCUCCUUACGAGCUUGUCGCACCGUGAAGCUCGCUUGUGCAAGGCUGUUCUGGUGAAGAUUGCGAAGCUGUUCCCACAGGCCCUGUUCUUCCUACUCCGUACGAACCGUGAAGACAUGCUCAGUAUCAAGAAACAGCAUGACCAGAAGCAAGAGAAGCUUGCCCGUGCUAGGCAACAGCAACUCCAGCAGCAGGCUUCGCCGCGCCCCAAGCCUACGCCUGCAGCGGCGAAUGCUUCGCCUGCGCAGAACAACCAGGCCGCCAAUGCCGCAGCGCCGUCUCCUGUGCAGGCUCCCGGGCAGCAACCGGUGCAAAACCAGGCUCAACCCCAACCGCAAGUCGCAGCGCAAAAUCAAGUUCCGAAUCCCGGUCAAGUCAACAGCCAGAAUGUGCAGCAGCCCCCCGUUCAAGGUCAAGGUCAGAUGCAGCCCCAGGCUCCUGUCCAAGGGCAAGCACCAAACCAAGGGCAACCUCAAGUGCAACAGCCGCAAGCUCAACAGCAGGGUCAUCUGCAGGUUCCAGGACAAAACGGAGCCCCACAGCCAGCUCAGAAUGCUGCGGGCACGGAAACCGAGAAGGAGCCGCUGAAGCACCCAUGGGAGUACUCGGACGAAAUCAUGUCUGGUCUCAAAACCGCUUUCCCUCUGCUUGCGUUGUCCAUGGAGACUAUGGUCGAUCAGAUCUACAAGAACUUCAAGUGCCCGCCCGACGAGGAUGCCUUCCGUCUCAUUGUUGCACUUCUGAACGACGGGCUGGCAUACGUUGGCCGCAUGCCGAUCUCGUAUGCGCAUGAUUCCAAGUUGCCUGCCACGACCGAAGGAAACAUCGUGCGUUUCGCCGACACUAUCCUGCCGAAUCACAUUCGCCAGGCUUUCGAGGCGGACUUUGUCAAGAAGAAGCCGACCAUGUACGAUUACAUACAGAAGCUACGUCGUUGGCGUCGCAAGUUCGAGGAGAAGCUCGAUCGCCGUGCGCCGUCCCAGUUCUUGGAGACCUAUUCGCCGCACCUCAGUGAAUUCCGCUUCCUCAAGUUCGACGAAGUCGAGGUGCCGGGUCAGUAUCUCCUGCACAAGGACAAGAACCAGGACUUCGUUCGCAUCGAUCGGUUCUUGCCUGAUAUCCAGAUUGUGCGCGGCACCGGCGUCUGUCACCGUCGCAUCAAGAUCCGUGGCCACGAUGGUAGUGUGCACCCAUUCGCUGUGCAGCACCCCGCCGCAAGGCACUGCAGGCGUGAAGAACGUAUCCUGCAGCUGUUCCGAAUCUUCAACGGGCUGUUGGGCAAGCGCAAAGAAGGCAGGCGUCGCAACCUGUACUUCUAUCUUCCACUCAUGGUCCCGCUGGCGCCUCACAUCCGCUUGGUUCGUGAUGACUCGUCCUACAUCUCUAUGCAGGGCAUCUACGAGGACUAUUGCCGGCGGAUAGGAAUCCUCAAGGAUGAACCUGUCAUGUUCAUGAUGGAUAAAAUGAGAUCGUUGACAGAAACAAAACAGAACGUAAGUGAUCAUCCUUCUUCGAUCAUACAGGAAAACACGACUGACGUUUCCCAGCGUUCACCCGAUCAGCAGCAGGUACUCCGCACGGAGAUGCUCACGGCUAUCCAGGAGAAGUGGGUUCCCAGCACUGUCCUGUUGGACUACUUCCAAAAGAUCUACCCGAGCUUCGCGGACUUCUGGCUUUUCCGGCGGCAGUUUGCCUACCAAUAUGCGUCCAUCGCAUUCAUGACUUAUGUGAUGCAUAUGGGUAACCGGUAUCCCAACAAGAUUGUGAUCUCGAGAUCGACUGGCGAUGUUUGGGGCUCGGAGCUCAUCCCGACAAUAAACCCCACCAAGGCCUUCUUCUACAACCCUGAGCAGGUGCCUUUCCGCUUCACCCCCAACAUCCAGACCCUGCUGGGACCUAUUGCCACCGAGGGCUUGUUUGCCUGUGCAAUGAUGGCGAUUGCGCGUUGCCUCACUGAGCCACGGCACGAGCUCGAGCAGCAGCUCAGCAUCUUUGUCCGCGAUGAAAUGAUCGUCUGGGCCACUGCGCAACACCGUGGGCCCCUGCCAGCUCCCCAGCUCCGCGAUCUGGUCUACAACAACAGUGACAUCAUCGUCAACCGCGCCGUCAGCCUGGCCAGUCCCCCCGAGGGUAAUCUGCCUGCCAACCAAACCACCAUCGAUCUGAUCUCCAAGGCCGUGAACCCGCAGCAUCUGGCGUCGUGCGAUCCUCUCUGGAUGCCGUAUCUCUAA